AUGACACUCAAGGGGGUGCGGCGGACGCUGGAGGGGGACCUCGGCCUGCCGGCCAAGGCUCUUGACGAGCAGAAGGACGUCGUGACGCGGCUGCUCGAUGCGGUGCUGCUGGGCAAGGCGGCCGCGGCACCCAAAAGCGAAGACAAGGAGAAUGGAGCGCCAGCCCCCGCGGCCAAGAAGCAGCGGGGCCCCAAGGCGGCCACGGCCCCCAAGCCCAAGAGAAAGGCGAAGGAGGCGGCGCCAAAGAAGCCGCGCGGGCGGAAGCAGGCCGCCGACAGCGACGAGGGAGACGGGGACGACGAUCUCGGCGGAGGCAGCGAGGCGGGCAGCAGCGACGACGAGGAGGAGGCACGACCGCGCAAAAAGGGCCGCGGUGGCGGCGGCGGCGGCGCGGUGGCGGCGAGGGCGGCGCCACGCAAGCAUGGGGAGGGGGUGGAGCGGCUCAAGGGGAUCUGCAGGCGCGCGGGCGUCACUGUGGGCCCCCACGUGUACGUGAAGAAUAAGGAUGACGACUCCCUGUAUGCGGCCCUGCGGGACCUGCUGCGCCCCCACGGCCUCGGCCCAGACAGCAACAAACACCAGAUCGCGAGGGUGGCGAACAAGCUGCGGCUGGCAAAGGACCUGGAGGGCAUCGACACCAAAAACAUAAUAGAGGACGAGCCCGGGGCGCGCCCGCGGCGCGCCGCGGCCGCACGCGUCGACUUCCGGUCGAUAUACAUGAACGGGGAAGGAGACUCUGGCGAAGACAGCGAAGAGGAGGACGAGGAGGGGGGCAGCAGCGACGGCGGCAGCGGCUCGGACGCGGCAAGCGGCAGCGGCAGCGACAGCGAAGGCGGCGGCGGCAGCGGGGAGGAAGACGAGGAGGGCGGCAAAAAGCAGCGGCGCAAGCAGGCCGGCGGCAAGAAGGCAAAGCCCGCGGCCGCCAAGCGCGAGCGGCCGCCGCAGAAGGCAGCGGGGAAGGGGAAGGCGGCGGAGGCGCCGAAGAAGAAGCAGUGGGCGGUGUCAGAGGACGAGGAGGAGGAGGGCGGCAGCAGCGGGAGCGGGAGCGAGCCGGAGGACUCGGCAGGGGAUUCGGACGGCAGCCCUGUGCCCGCCAAGCGCAAGCGCGCCGCCGCCCCCCAAAACCCGCGCGCUCAGCCCGGCGGCAGCGGAGCAGCCGGGUCGGGUGGCAAGGCGGGCGCGGCGGGCCGCGGCGGCGCAGCCAACGGCAGCGGGGCGGCGGCGGUAGGGGAGGGCGGCGGCGGCAGCGGUUUAGAGGACGAUGGGGUCGGGCUGGGCGAUGGCGGCGCCGGCGGCGGCGCCGGUGCGGGCGGCGGGAAGAAGAAGGCGCAGCGGCAGCGGCAGCGGCUGAUCAGUGACGACGAGGAGGAGGAUGGCGCGGAUGAGGACAAAGGGGGCCAGCGGCGGGAUGGCGGGCAGGGGGAGGGGGAUGAUGACGACGAUGAUGAUGGGGCGCCCAUAAUCAGCCAGGUCAGGGCCAAGCAGGGCGGCGGCGCGGGCGGGGGCAGCAAGCAGCCGGCGGCGCGACGAGGGGCGGGGCCAAAUAAGCGGGUGGUGGAGGAGAGCGAGGAGUCGGCUGAGUCGUUGUCGGAAGGCGGCGACGACAGCGACGAGGACUUUGAAGGCGGCGGUGACGACAGCGAGUGA